AAAGCUUUUAUUUUAAGUUCUCCAACUUGUCAUGAAAUAUAAAAGUUUAUACGGACAACAGUUUCAUUUAGGUUAAAGACAGUAGUCGUGUUGUUAUUCGCUAACUUAACGGGAAAGCUUAAAAUGAGUUGAGGCUUAAAGCUAAAGCUGAAGUGAAGAGACACUGAAGGACUGAAGAGGUCACUACAUGCUGAAACAAAUCCAGUUUGAAGCAGAAACGCCAACGCAGCCAUGGGUAUCCUGCUGUCCAAAUCCAUGGAUGACAAUUUUAAAAAGCAACAAGAAUUCAUGCUAACGAAUGCACGGCUGCAGAUGGAGCGCCAGAUUCUGAUGCAGAACCAGAUGAGAGAGCGGCAGAUGGCGAUGCAGAUCGCCUGGUCCAGAGAGUUUCUGAAAUACUUUGGCAGUUUCUUUGCGGUGGCCACAGUGGGACUAACUGCAGGAGCUAUUAAAAGAAAGAACCCAGGCAUGCUGGCUCCCAUCAUACCUCUCAGUUUCAUAUUUGCCUACCAGAUGGACAGCGCCUAUGGAACGCUUAUUAAUCGUAUGAGAGGGGAAGCUGAGAAUAUCAUGGAGACUGAAAAUGACCGUCUACAGUUACCUCAAGGGACUCCAACCUUUGAGAGCAUAGAGAAGGCCCGCCGUGCUAAAAGCAGCCUCAGCGCCUUCUUGGAGAAAUAAUGUAAUUAGUUAUUGUCUAACAGCGUGGUUCCAGAGAGGAGCUGCAGCCACUGUACAUUUCGUUUUCAACAAACCACAAAGACGGGGAAGUGGCUCACAAAGAAACCUCAGGUUUAGCUGUCCAAAACAUACCCACUCCCUAAACGAUACACAACUAUACUUUAUGUAGCAUUAAGGUAAAAGCGGCCUCAGCUCCUUCUUGGAGAAAUAAUGUAAUAAUUUAUAGAACAAACGUCCUCUAUCAUGGAAAAUUUUAAGGCUCUGCUAUUUCUCUCUGUCAGGUUGACCUUAUUGAACGAAAGGCUCCUUAUUCUGUCUCAUUUCAGUCUUUCAGAUACACCAAUCGGGCAUUACAUUAUGACUACCUAACUAACACUGUGUUGGUCGCCCUUUUGCUGCCAAAGCGGCCCUGACCCAUCACAUGAUAUCUGGCACCAAGAUGCCAGGUGUGGCCUCCGUGUUGAAUAGUCUGAAUCAGUGUUACUCACUUUGCUAGUGGUCAUAAUGUUAUGCCUGAUUGGUGUAUGCCACAUGUUGAUCCAUGAGUUAAGUUUUAUUACAGUGUUAUAAGAGCAUUGUGUGACCACAGCAGAUAACUUGUCUCUAAAUAUUGCACAAUUGCAGUUAUAUCAUCAGUGUUUUCUUUAGGUUGUUAUUUUCCAGGGUUUGCUUUGAUUAUGUAUGAUGGACUUGAAGGGAAAUUGAUAGUAAUAUUAAUCAGUUUAUGUUAUCUCUCUGGGGGGUUUUGUUGUAUUUAGAUGAACAAGAAUACCAGCUGCUAUAAGCCUGGUUCAUGAAUGUAAUGAUGAUGAUUGAACAAAGUGGUAAGACAAUG